AUGCAGUGCACUGGCCGUGCAGUUACUAGGCUAGUUGAUGGUCAACAUUAUUUUAAAAGUGCAUCGAAACAUACUUAUGCAGCGCAGGCAAGCAGAGCAGAAGUUGUAAAGACAAUUGCUAGAAUAAAAGAACAUGCACAGUUAACCAAUGAAAAACUGGCUCAACUCUUGCAAACAGCAAUUACUAAUAGUCCUCAUUAUGUAUAUCAGUAUCUUCCAUUAUCUGAUGCAAUUCGUCAAACAGUUCAGAGAAUCUGUCAUCUAAACCUUUCCAAAGAGCCCUCAUCCUUAGAUAAUCUAGUUAUUCCUGACCAUAUGAGAAGAACCUUAAAUGAAGUAGACUUUUUAAUUCAUGAUUCCACAUUAGAGCAGGAUGGAAUGUUAAUUUUUACAAUAUUGGAUAAUAUUCAUCACCUAAACCGAUCACCAUUUUGGGUGAUGGAUGGUACUUUUAAAACUGUACCAAAUAUGUUUAAGCAACUUUACUCUAUUCAUGGUGGAAGUGAAAAUUCAAGAAUCGUACCUUUAGUUUUUUCUUUAAUGACCAGCAAAUCAGAGGAAUCUUAUAGACAACUUUUUCAAGAACUUAUAGAUUUCGGUGAGGUGCAUGGCAUAGAUUUGAGUCCUCAAGUUGUCUUAACCAAUUUUGAAGCAGCUGUUAUAAAUUCUAUUCAAUCUGAAUUUGAUAAUGUCCAAUAUAAAGGGUGUCACUUCCAUCUCUCUCAGUGUAUUUACUGUAGAGUUCAAUCUCUUGGACUUACUUCAAGAUAUGGUAAAGAUGAAGAUUUUAGCUUAUUAAUAAGAUAUAUUUCUGCCCUUGCAUUUUUGCCUCCUGAAGAAAUACUAUCAGCAUUUGAUGAAUUAAAAUUACAUAUUCCACCUGAAGCUAGUCGUAUUGUUCA